AUGGACAGGGCAUUCGAAGCACUGGUUCGCGAGGAACUACCGGCUUCAAUCACCUGCCGCUGGAUCCAGGCAGCGAGUUUGACCAUCAGGAAAAGAGUGACUGGGACCCUACCUGAGCAUCUCCAGCAGCUGUCUGAGGGCUUAGCAGAGGUGUUUUGUCUGAUUGAUCCAUCACGAGAAGACAACCCAAUUGUCUCUGACAAAAUUCUACCCGAACGACUCAAUACGGCGUCAAGCCCGAUCCGUGACAAGCUAGCAGCGGGCAAGGAGCAUCACGAAACCAUUCUCAACUACAGACGGAGGCGGCUUCCCGUUCAUGAACCUCCUCAUGUGCGCCCCGUUGCUCGACAGCCAAGGGGUAACGCGGUACAGGAUUGGCGCCUAGAUUCUGACAACAGCCCAGAAACCAACCCUUUUUCACCCCAGCUUCCCCUCCGUCACCUCGCUGAGGUGUUGACCGCCCUAGAAAUCGAAAUUGUCCGCAACCACGGCGGCGGCCGUCACUCCCCCGCCCACGAGGACGAAACACCCAACUGGGCCAAACCCGACGACAACCCCAUCCCCCGACCCCCCUUCCAAUCCCCCCUCUCAGCCGACAUGGAAGAGCUGUCUGACCUGUCAGGGGGUAAGCUACGGGGAUCUACUCCCACUGCCUCCUCCUCCGCCCCUACCCCUCCCUCCGCACUCUUUUCACGUCACCUUCCCUCCGUCUCCCAGGGAUCCUCCAAACACCUGUUCUCUCUCGCAUUGGCGGGUCUGACAGGGUAA